CGCGCAGAAAUUUUAAACUCUCGUCCUUCUCAGUGAUGGCGGCUUCGUUUCGUUCUCUCCCUGCAAGCUGUAAUAACAAAUGGUACUACACACGACAGCAGAUCGACAACAGCCCAUCUCGGCGAGCUGGACUUGAUCCCGACAAGGAGCUGUCCUACAGACAACAGGCGGCGAACCUGCUCCAGGACAUGGGACAGCGGCUCAAUGUGUCCCAACUUACAAUUAAUACAGCCAUUGUGUACAUGCACCGAUUCUACAUGGUCCAGUCUUUCACCAGAUUUCACAGAAAUGUUAUUGCUCCUGCCGCUCUCUUCCUCGCUGCAAAGGUUGAGGAGCAGCCCCGAAAGCUGGAACAUGUUAUCAAGGUGGCCCAUGCAUGCCUCAAUCCUCAGGAGCCUUCACCAGAUGUACGCAGUGAUGCCUACCUGCAACAAGCCCAAGACCUGGUCAUUCUUGAGAGCAUAAUACUCCAGACCUUGGCUUUUGAAAUCACCAUCGACCACCCGCACACUCAUGUUGUCAAGUGCACUCAGCUUGUCAGAGCGAGCAAGGAUCUGGCUCAGACGUCAUACUUUAUGGCUACCAACAGUCUGCACUUGACCACGUUCUGCCUGCAGUAUAGUCCGCCCGUUGUGGCCUGCGUAUGCAUCCAUCUCGCCUGCAAGUGGUCCAACUGGGAGAUCCCCGUGUCCACGGACGGCAAGCACUGGUGGGAGUAUGUCGACCCCACGGUCACCCUGGAACUGCUGGAUGAGCUCACACAUGAGUUCCUGCAGAUUCUGGAGAAAACACCCAGCCGGUUGAAACGGAUUCGCAACUGGAAGGCUGGAGGUCAGACACCCAAAGCCAAGCCAAAAGUCCAGGAGGAGGGUGACCAGAGGGACACCAUGAUGAGCAUGAUCUCUAUGGCUUCUUCAGAGAGUACUGUGGCAGGUCUGAUGAGCCUCUCAGCUCCACCGUCUGCCUCUUCUUCUUCCUCAUCCAUGGGUGAUAAGGAGAGGGGGGCAUCUGGCAGUGCUCAGACCUGGAGUGGAAAAGGCCAGGCUGGUUCUGAACAGCAGCAGCAACAACAACAACAACAACAGCAACAGCAACAGCAACAGCAGCAGCAGCAGCAGCAGCAGCCGCCCAACCAUGAAGUCCAUGCCCCGGCUAAGGUAUCUCUCAGUGAGUACCGUGCCAAGAACGCAGAUGUUUUGGCUGCCCAGAAGAGGAAGCUGGAGAACAUGGAGGCCAGCGUGAAGCGGGACUACGCCAACGCUGCCCAGGCUCUCAUUGGUCAGCAGCAGAGGAAGGAGAAGCAGCAGCAGCAUCAUCACCAGCAGUCCAGCUCCUCUUCGUCUGACAUGUCCAGCCCUUCUCCCAUUAUUCUGAAAAUCCCCCUGGAGAAGGAGAGGCAUGACAGGAGCUCUCUGAAAAUGCGUUUCCCUGUAGCGGGUGGAGGAGGAGGAGGUGGCGGUGGUGGCAGCGGGCACAGCAGCGGCAGCAGCAGCAGCACCCGAGGUCAGGAUCAGGACAUCAAAGUCAGAAUACGAGUGCCUGAGAAGCAGAGGGGGAGUUCAGGAGAAGAGGGCAAGAGCAGGGACAAGCACAGGGAACGGUCUAAUCACCACCAUCAUCACCACCACCACCAUCACCACCAUUCUUCCUCUAGCAGUGCCUCACUUUCCUCCUCACAUAAACACUCAUCUAGCUCCAGUGGGACGGUAGGAAGCAGCAAAAAAGUCCCCAGCGACUCCUCUAGAACAAGCUCUUCAUCCUCUUCUGCCUCGCGCAAGAGGACACACUCCCAGGAUCCCACAGCAGGCUCUCACCCUGCCUCAAAAGUCAGCAAAUCCUCUAGGAAUCCCUACCAGCUACCGUCCCUGUCUUCCUCCUCUGGGCAAACUCUGGGGCACGGUCCUGACAUUCUUCCCGCCCUGGGCCUUCCCCACCACCAGGGGAGCUACUCACACUCCAAAAGUGACAAGACAGACACUAAUGGGCACGGUGCAGCGGGCGGGGCCCAGUCGAACGAGUACCAGGACACUUUUGAAAUGCUAAACUCUCUUCUGAGUGCACAAGGCGUCCAGCCCUCCCAGCCGUCCAUGUUUGAGUACAGAUCCCAGUUCGGGGACUACAUUUACGGCAGUGGCUCCAGAGGGAACAACCCCAGACCCCCACCCCUGCCUUCAGAUCCGCCUCCGCCACUGCCGCCCUUACCGAAAUGAGUUCCCGAUCAGGAGACGCUGUUGUGUACAUUGUACUUGACAUCACAAACAUCCAUCUUGUUACAUAAAGUAUUGUGUAAUUUUACUUUUUAACUCACCCAACUUUUUUUUUUUUUUUUUUAAAUGGCUUCGGUGUGACAGCAGAGAAAUGUACCGGUGAAACAAAUGAGUUUUUCUUUUUAAAGUUCACCUGUGGGGCAAUAAUGAGAGGCUUGAAAAGCUUGUAAAAUGUGAGGAAAAAAGUUAACAAGUGUAGAUAAUUUUUUUUUUUACUCUUAAAUGAAAUGUGAUGAUGGGACCUGAUUACUGUUUUAAAGGAAGUCAUCGUCUUGAAAUCAUGAGGAAACUAAAAGAUUUCCAUCACAUACCUGUUCGGUCUUCUUACCGAUUGUCUUUUUAUAAUGUUUUUAUAGUAUGUUAUUUAUUAAUUGAAUACUUAAAAAAAAACACAGUCCCCUUUUCUACCUUUUUUAAGGUUUCCCCUCUGUGUUAUUUUCGCGCAGAGAGACAUUUCUUCAUCAAGACUGUACAGGCUAGUUUGAGAGUGCAUGUCUCCAAAGCCAUCUUUUCAAUAUUUUUGUCUUUUUAAAUAUUUUCUUUUUUCUUUUUUUUUUUAUCAGCCAUAACCUCAAAAAGAAAAAAAACAGUGAUUGCCCCCACCCCUGUUGUUAAUCUGUUUUGUUUCUUUCAUUAUUUGGUAAACUUGUACAAAGAUUGUAAAAUGUUUAAAACAAACAUGAAAUAUUUUUUACAUUUUGUUACAAAAUUGCAAAAAAAAAGAUGUAAAUUAUGGAAGCUUGUACUUUUUUUUUUUUAGAUUUCGAGUGUUGCAGUCAUUGUUUUAAAUGGUUGUAAAAUAUUCAUAUUCAGUUCUCUAAUAAUUACACUAAUGGACAAAGUUCAUACCAAGGAUAUACAUUUAUGUUUUAUCAAAGAGUUCAGAGAGUUCAAACAUAUCUCCCCGAUAUGGUCACAAUGAAGGAACUGCCAACAAACAAAGAAAAAGAAAUCCCUUGUAAUGUGUUGUAACUGUCUUCUGGGGUGUUCACAGCUACAAAUAAAGUUAGAAAUACUCAGAAUAUAUAGCUACACAACGUUUUCACCCUGAAACUGUCGGAAAAACACAUUUUUGGUGCUGGUGCUCACUUUGUGGUGACCAUAUUGAGCAAAGUGUACAACAAAGUAUUCACAAUACACAUUAUCAAAGACUAAUAAUAAGUCAACUGUCUGUUUUUA